CUUAAGAUUAGCGAGGAAGUUUAGUUUAUGAAGCAAGAGAGAGAGAGAAGAAGGAAAUCUGAUCAAAUCAAAAUCGAUAGUAGCUAGGGUAUUGAAAAAUAGGGGAUGACGGAGACUUCCUCCAGCGCCGCCGCCGUUAAUCGUGGAGAUCCGAUCUCGCAAUUCCUAGACAAGAUUCGUCUCUCUUCUUCCGCCGCUACUAGGAAUACGAAUACGAUGAUGGAGGAGGAUAACGAAGAAUCGCCGACGGAGCUCAACACAAUCAACAGCGCGGGCGGGUUUCUGAUCGUGUCUCCCGAUAAGCUCUCCGUAAAGUACACGAACACGAAUCUGCACGGCUACGACGUCGGCGUUGCUCAAGCGAACAGACCGGCUCCCUUCAAGGGCCUUACUUACUACUUCGAGAUAUUUGUGAAGGACGCUGGUGUUAAAGGGAACGUCGCUAUUGGUUUCACUAAGGAGGGCUUUAUUAUGCGGAGACAACCUGGAUGGGAAGUGAAUAGCUGUGGGUAUCAUGGGGACAAUGGACAUAUAUACCGAGGUAAGGGGACUGGUGAAGCCUUUGGUCCUACUUAUACCACCGGUGAUACCGUUGGUGCUGGUAUAGACUACGCUUCUCAGGAGUUCUUUUUUACUAAAAACGGAGCUUUUGUGGGCAAAAUCCCCAAGGACAUCAAGGGUCAUCUAUUCCCUACUGUGGGUGUACAUAGCCAAAAUGAGGAGGUUUCUGUCAAUUUUGGGAAGAAGAAGUUUGUUUUCGAUGUUCAGGGAUAUGAAACAUCAGUGAGGAAUAAGCAACAAAUGGCUAUCGAAAAUAUAUCCAUACCUCCAAAUAUCGGUUAUGGGCUUGUAAAGACCUACUUGUUACACUAUGGGUAUGAGGAGACACUUGAUGCUUUCAACCUUGCUACUAAAACUACAGUCCCUCCAAUCGUUAUAGCUCAAGACAAUGCUAUGGACGAGGAUGAUUCAUCAUAUGAUUUGCAUCAGAGGAAAACUCUUAGAAAGCUUGUCAGGAAUGGUGACAUUGAUGCUGCUCUGGCUAAUCUCCAAGAUUGGUAUCCCCAAAUUGUACAGGACGAUAAAUCUGUAGUUUGUUUCCUCCUUCACUGCCAAAAGUUCAUUGAGCUCGUACGGGUAGGAAAACUCGCAGAAGGUGUGAAGUAUGGCAGACUCGAGUUAGCUAAAUUUGUUGGGUUAACAAAGUUUCAAGACAUAAUCGAGGACUGCUUUGCUUUGCUUGUUUAUCCAAAACCCGAGGAAUCACCGGUGGGGUACUUCCUAGAAGACUCGCAGAGGGAACUAGUUGCUGAUGCAGUGAAUGCAGCGGUUUUGUCAAACAAGAAAGAUGUGUGUCACUUGCAUUCCCGUCUGGAGUUACUGCUGAGACAGCUAACAGUUUGCUGUUUGGAAAGGCGGUCAAUGAAUGGAGACCAAGGCGAAACGUUCCGGCUUCACCAUGUUCUUAACAACAACAGUACGAGAAGAUGAAAUCGGAUUUAGCCGCGUAUUGUUCUUUUGAAAACUCUGCUACUUUGUUUGUUUGGUUGUUUUCAUCCUUACGUGGCUCUUGUUCAUACAUGUGAUAUUAUGCAUAACUUUCCUAUUCUGUGAAAAGAAAGUUCAAACCGAAUAAAUCUUGCCAUCCAAUGCGUCA